AUGGCGGAGGCCUUGGAGGUCACGCGAUUGCUGCAGGCCAUGAAUGGGAAAAUCCCGGAGGAGGAGGAGGAGCCUGCAGGCCUUUAUGAGGCCGGUGACAUCGUGGUGAUGGGGCACGGCGAGUAUCGCAUGGAUUAUGCCGUGGUCACAGAGGCCAGGGCUUUGCCAGGUUUCGCUGUGGAGGAGAAGCACCUCACCGUCAUGGUGCUCAAGGAUGACCGGCGCACCGUGGCCGCCCAGUCCUGGCCAUAUAAGUCGGACGUGACUUUGGAGUCCAGGGCUGGGCGGCUUGGCAAAAAGGUUGCUAUCUCGCAGUGGAACUGUGGGAAGUGGCGCAGCUGCACCAGCGCAGUGCUGCAGAUUGGGGGAAGUCGGGUGGGGAGAGCAGAGGGCAUGCCGGGCCGUGGGCAGGUCGCACUGGAUGCGCGCCACAAGGAAUUUCCGCUCUUCGUUCAGAGGGGCAAGGACGUGGAGCUCGUGGUCAACGUCGAGUUCUCCGCAAGUGAGCCAGGGGCCGAGACCCGACAACAUCAGAUGCCGCACCGCAGACGCAUGCUCAAGCAGACCCGUUGCAGCGCUCGCUCUUGUGUGGUCAUGGGCAGCGUUUGCUGCGGCGCACGAGAGCGGCUGCAGGAGGAGCAGCAAGAAUGCCAGCGUCGGGAGGAACGGCCAGCGAGGCCAGAAGCACUUACAAAGGAGGAGGCCAUGGCGCAGCUGCUUGCAGAGCGUCCGCAGCCAAAGACCAUGGAGGAGGCCAUGGCGGAGGCCUUGGAGGUCACGCGAUUGCUGCAGGCCAUGAAUGGGAAAAUCCCGGAGGAGGAGGAGGAGGAGCCUGCAGGCCUUUAUGAGGCCGGUGACAUCGUGGUGAUGGGGCACGGCGAGUAUCGCAUGGAUUAUGCCGUGGUCACAGAGGUGGAGGAGAAGCACCUCACCGUCAUGGUGCUCAAGGAUGACCGGCGCACCGUGGCCGCCCAGUCCUGGCCAUAUAAGUCGGACGUGACUUUGGAGUCCAGGGCUGGGCGGCUUGGCAAAAAGGUUGCUAUCUCGCAGUGGAACUGUGGGAAGUGGCGCAGCUGCACCAGCGCAGUGCUGCAGAUUGGGGGAAGUCGGGUGGGGCAUGCCGGGCGGUGGGAGGUCGCACUGGAUGCGCGCCACAAGGAAUUUCCGCUCUUCGUUCAGAGGGGCAAGGACGUGGAGCUCGUGGUCAACGUCGAGUUCUCCGCAAGUGAGCCAGGGGCCGAGACCCGACAACAUCAGAUGCCGCACCGCAGACGCAUGCUCAAGCAGACCCGUUGCAGCGCUCGCUCUUGUGUGGUCAUGGGCAGCGUUUGCUGCGGCGCACGAGAGCGGCUGCAGGAGGAGCAGCAAGAAUGCCAGCGUCGGGAGGAACGGCCAGCGAGGCCAGAAGCACUUACAAAGGAGGAGGCCAUGGCGCAGCUGCUUGCAGAGCGUCCGCAGCCAAAGACCAUGGAGGAGGCCAUGGCGGAGGCCUUGGAGGUCACGCGAUUGCUGCAGGCCAUGAAUGGGAAAAUCCCGGAGGAGGAGGAGGAGCCUGCAGGCCUUUAUGAGGCCGGUGACAUCGUGGUGAUGGGGCACGGCGAGUAUCGCAUGGAUUAUGCCGUGGUCACAGAGGUGGAGGAGAAGCACCUCACCGUCAUGGUGCUCAAGGAUGACCGGCGCACCGUGGCCGCCCAGUCCUGGCCAUAUAAGUCGGACGUGACUUUGGAGUCCAGGGCUGGGCGGCUUGGCAAAAAGGUUGCUAUCUCGCAGUGGAACUGUGGGAAGUGGCGCAGCUGCACCAGCGCAGUGCUGCAGAUUGGGGGAAGUCGGGUGGGGAGAGCAGAGGGCAUGCCGGGCGGUGGGCAGGUCGCACUGGAUGCGCGCCACAAGGAAUUUCCGCUCUUCGUUCAGAGGGGCAAGGACGUGGAGCUCGUGGUCAACGUCGAGUUCUCCGCAAGUGAGCCAGGGGCCGAGACCCGACAACAUCAGAUGCCGCACCGCAGACGCAUGCUCAAGCAGACCCGUUGCAGCGCUCGCUCUUGUGUGGUCAUGGGCAGCGUUUGCUGCGGCGCACGAGAGCGGCUGCAGGAGGAGCAGCAAGAAUGCCAGCGUCGGGAGGAACGGCCAGCGAGGCCAGAAGCACUUACAAAGGAUGAGGCCAUGGCGCAGCUGCUUGCAGAGCGUCCGCAGCCAAAGACCAUGGAGGAGGCCAUGGCGGAGGCCUUGGAGGUCACGCGAUUGCUGCAGGCCAUGAAUGGGAAAAUCCCGGAGGAGGAGGAGGAGCCUGCAGGCCUUUAUGAGGCCGGUGACAUCGUGGUGAUGGGGCACGGCGAGUAUCGCAUGGAUUAUGCCGUGGUCACAGAGGUGGAGGAGAAGCACCUCACCGUCAUGGUGCUCAAGGAUGACCGGCGCACCGUGGCCGCCCAGUCCUGGCCAUAUAAGUCGGACGUGACUUUGGAGUCCAGGGCUGGGCGGCUUGGCAAAAAGGUUGCUAUCUCGCAGUGGAACUGUGGGAAGUGGCGCAGCUGCACCAGCGCAGUGCUGCAGAUUGGGGGAAGUCGGGUGGGGCAUGCCGGGCGCCGUGGGCAGGUCGCACUGGAUGCGCGCCACAAGGAAUUUCCGCUCUUCGUUCAGAGGGGCAAGGACGUGGAGCUCGUGGUCAACGUCGAGUUCUCCGCAAGUGAGCCAGGGGCCGAGACCCGACAACAUCAGAUGCCGCACCGCAGACGCAUGCUCAAGCAGACCCGUUGCAGCGCUCGCUCUUGUGUGGUCAUGGGCAGCGUUUGCUGCGGCGCACGAGAGCGGCUGCAGGAGGAGCAGCAAGAAUGCCAGCGUCGGGAGGAACGGCCAGCGAGGCCAGAAGCACUUACAAAGGAUGAGGCCAUGGCGCAGCUGCUUGCACAGCGUCUGCAGCCAAAGACCAUGGAGGAGGCCAUGGCGGAGGCCUUGGAGGUCACGCGAUUGCUGCAGGCCAUGAAUGGGAAAAUCCCGGAGGAGGAGGAGGAGGAGCCUGCAGGCCUUUAUGAGGCCGGUGACAUCGUGGUGAUGGGGCAAGGCGAGUAUCGCAUGGAUUAUGCCGUGGUCACAGAGGUGGAGGAGAAGCACCUCACCGUCAUGGUGCUCAAGGAUGACCGGCGCACCGUGGCCGCCCAGUCCUGGCCAUAUAAGUCGGACGUGACUUUGGAGUCCAGGGCUGGGCGGCUUGGCAAAAAGGUUGCUAUCUCGCAGUGGAACUGUGGGAAGCAUGCCGGGCGCCGUGGGCAGGUCGCACUGGAUGCGCGCCACAAGGAAUUUCCGCUCUUCGUUCAGAGGGGCAAGGACGUGGAGCUCGUGGUCAACGUCGAGUUCUCCGCAAGUGAGUCUGUGCAUUUCGCGGUCGAAGACCUCGUAGAGCUCCCUGCUCAGAGUCUUUCGGCAGUGCUGUGUGAGGCAGCUGGCAGAGCGCAGCACAUGUUCCAAGAUGGUGCUAAGGGUAGUGGUGUCUAA